GCGUGUGACGUGGUACUGACUACCGCAGUGGAUUGUUGAUUGUCACCAAAUUAAGCUAAGGAAGAAGGACCAUCUUUUGCCAGAAAAUAAGGGAGAACGUUUCUGCCUGAUUAUCUAUUACACAUCAAGUUUUGACUUAAUUCUUUGUCAAGAUUUACUGGAAUGUUGGGUGUGUUUGAUCAUUAAUGUAACUGUUGUCAGUAAAGAUCGCUGACAUGCAGGCUCUUUCUCUGAUCCUGAUUGAUCUUUGGGUACCAACAUAGUCGAUCAAGAGGCAACACGCAUAUUCGUUAAUAAUUAUUUUCAAACUGUUAGGCCUUCAUUGAUUUGGAUUUACUGAAAGGAUCGGUGUGUUGGAUCAUCGAUGGGAAAAGUAAAGUGUUUGUCAGUAAAGAUCGCUGACAUGCAUGCUCUAUGUUUCUGAUUCUGAUUGAUCUUUGGCUACCAACUCUCUUGAAUGUUAUAAUGAAUCGCGUGCCUCUCAAGACAUAACAAGAGGCAACACGCAUAUUCGUCAAUAAUUAUAUUUAGACUGUUAGGCCUUCAUUGAUUUGGAAGUUAGUAGUCUGAAGACAUUUUUUAUUCUAAUCUGAAUAAGAAAUAACAUGCCAUCGGUGUCGUCUCAAUAACAGGCUCUUAAUUUUUAUAUACACCAUACUAGUAGACUCACAAAUUGUAAAUAUUCAAGGAACCUUUAGGAACGUACGGCACUUGUUUUUAAAACACUACUAAAUAAUCACGGCUAAAAUUAUAGCAAAUAGGCCAUGAAUCUCACCAUAUUUGCGGUGAUUAAAGCGGUUCUAGUGCGGUUACUUUUCGUUUCCAUCGGCGUUCUCUGUGUUCGGUCACUUGUUCAAGUGAAAGAUAAUGUCUUAUACUGGUUUAUGAUGUCUACAGCAAUAUUGUCUAUUUUUGAAGCAACAAUAACUUUAACAACGAGAGAAGGCGGGGAAUGGAAAUGGUUUUACCCCAGUUUUGCAAUAGCACUUCUGAGCACUGUGCCAACUAUCUGGAUCUUGGAACUGGACAUUAUGAAGGAACACAUUAGAACAAUGAAUACACUAGGUUUGAAUACAUGCAUCGAAGUGCCACACAAUAUUAACACCUCCAUCAAUGCAGGCGAGCUUGCACAGUCAAUUGGCUUUACACCUGAGCAGUGGUCACUGUUUCUUCAACAAAUUCUUCUAUUCACUUUGAUCCUUGGACGAUGGAUGUUGCCAAAGGGCUCAUUGACACGUGACCAGCUUUCACAGCUUCUACUCGUCUUUAUCGGAAUCGCGGCGGACAUCUUGGAGUUCUCUACAGAAAGCUUGAAACUCGAGACGGUAAGAUGCAAUGAAACAAUGAUUGUCACAAUACUGACAAUCUGGACCUGGAGUCUUCUGCAGUUCACCCUUGGACUGACGGUAACAAAGUCACGAAAAACACGUCUGGCUGGCGUGAAUGACCGCCGGGACAAUGUGAAUCAGGUUUGCGACAUGAGUUGCGGGUGCUGCGAGACUGAAACUUGGGGAAUUAUGGUUACAAUUAUCAUGCAAGAUGGGCCUUUCUUCAUCACGAGGAUGUACCUUAUUUUUCACGCGGACGUCAUCAACCAAGGAAUGAUAUUCUUCACCUGUAAGAAUCUCAUGGUUCUGUUGUUACAGUUUUAUCGUCUACUAGUUCUAUAUUUUGAGACUCCCUCCAAACCGGAUGUCAUUGACGAAACAGGUAGUGAGACUAAUCUUGAGAAAAUGCCAGGUGAUAGAUCGUACAAGUCUAAAAAUAAAAUGUCAGUGGUAGAAGAAUUCAAAACACAUAGCACAUUUUCUAGUAUUUCUACUCCUACGCUUGUUGCUGACACUUGAAAAUUCGAAGAACUCAAUGGGAAAGUUAAUUGUUCUGCCGACCUGAACAUUUUUUAAACAAUUCCUGACGUAGUAUAAGUGACUAUCAUGGCAACAUGAGUGCUCGAGAGAGAAACAACGUCAUUAGAAGCAUUUCAAUUAAAUUUGAAGAUAUUGACACAGGCCCAUGUACAAAUGUAAUAUAGAUGUUGCACUUGGGACUUUAAGUAUAGGAAUAUUAGCGAACGGCCAGUUUCUUAUACUAGCAUGAAGAAUAUACAAACAAAAUACCCGUAUUUUUAUAUCAAUAGUUAGUUACAAACUUGUUUAUUGCCUUAUAACUUAAACAGUGUAAAUUAAUGGCUUCUAGUAGCCAAUAUCAUAAACAUAAAGCACUUUAGACUAGUUCCACACAAAAACAUGGUAUGUUUACAUUAUUUAAUGAUUUCAUAACUACACAAUUAGAUAUGAAAUUCACACAAGAGUGCAACGUAAAUCGGACUAUAUUAAACAUUAAGCCACAGACUAACUUACAACAAACAGUUUUAUAAAAUCACUUUCAAUAAAUUAUAUUGUGUUGUGGAACUGUUUCUACAAGCGUAUAGGCCUAGGCAUACAUACACACAUAUGCAGGGGUGGCGCCAGCGGAGGUGGGGGGUAGAGCCAUAGAUAGAAAGAGUUGCGACAUUGAGAAUUUAGAAGCCAUUUUGUGUCUAACGUUCUGUG